AUGUAUCAGGGCGAGGCAUUUCCAGUAGUGAAGCAUAAUGCCAUUGUGCAAGGAUUGAAAUGUGGAGUUCGUCCUGUUGACUUGGAGAACCAGAAAAGUUUCCUGCUGUCUGGAUUCUUUUCUAGAAUUGUUGGAGGCAGAAAUUCAGUGGCUGGGGGGCAACCCUGGCAGGUAUCUCUCAAGUUGGGUCGUUUCCACUUCUGUGGUGGCAGUUUAAUACAAGAAGAUGUGGUUGUAACUGCAGCUCACUGCGUAUUCACCCUUGAGCAGAAACUAGUGAAGAAUCUCAUUGUGACUGUUGGAGAACAUAACCUCAGAAAGGCAGACGAGCAAGAACAGAACAUUCCUGUCUCACAAGUCAUUGUUCACCCUGACUUCAACAGACUUGGCUACAUGCAUUCUGAUAUCGCUCUGCUAUAUCUGAAAUACAGAGUAAAGUACGGACAUAGGGUUCAGCCAAUUUGCCUUCCCCACAAAGAUGAUAAAUUUGAGGCCGGGACUCUUUGUGUUGCUAGUGGCUGGGGCAGAGUGUCUGAGGCUGGUGAACUAUCUAAUGUUCUACAGGAGGUGGAGCUCCCCAUCAUUGAUAGGGGAACCUGCAGUGCCCUGUUAAAGCAAAUGAAUCUGCCUCCAGUAGCAAGCUCCAUGCUGUGUGCUGGCUUUCCUGAUGGUGGGAAGGAUGCUUGCAAGGGCGAUUCUGGAGGUCCUCUCGUGUGUAGAAGAGCCAGUGGCAUCUGGACUCUGGCCGGCGUCACAUCAUGGGGAGUUGGCUGUGCAAGAGGCUGGGAUGUCCUUGAGAAAAGCAUCAGUAAAAGGGGUUCCCCAGGCAUCUUUUCCAAUGUAGCUGAACUGAUGGACUUCAUCACCCAGAACAUUAUCCCUGCUGCAGAGCCAGAUCACCUUCUCCCGCACUUUCCUGAAGGAUGCAGCUCCCAUGGAAUGCUGGUCUUUGGAGAAAGUGGCCGUAUUCAGUAUCCCCAACCCAGUGAGAGUAACUACCUAGAUAACAGCGUGCUAAUGCUGCCAAACAGCUGUUUGGCGGCGGCGGCCGAGCGGGAAGCGUUGGAAGGUAGGCGGAGGAGCGGAGACAUGGCGCACUUAGAGGAAGAGGAGAAGGUGGGCCUGUGCGUGUGGAAUAUAAUUGUGCCAGAAGACAAGAUUAUAUUGAUACAGUUCACCAGAUUAGACCUAGAGAGCCAGAUCACGUGUGACCAUGACUACGUGUCCUUCUAUUCAGACAAAAGAGAGCUAAUCGGUAAAAUCUGUGGAGAUGUGUUACCAACCCCCCUGCUGAUAGACUCUAACCGAGCAAUGGUUACUCUCGUUUCUGAUGGAAGCAACACCGGCAGUGGCUUUGAAUUCACCUUCACAGCUAUACAUAAGGAAUCGGAAGCAGGUUCUGGUUGUGGAAGUGUUGCAGUGCUGGUGGAAGAGGGAAAGAUUGAUACUGCUAAUUACCCUGGCUUGUAUCCCAGUAACGUGAAGUGCCAUUGGUUCAUUGAAGCCCCAGUAGAGAAUGUCAUAAAGCUGGAAUUUGAAGACUUUGCUGUUGAAUUCAGCGAGGGCUGUAUCUAUGAUGCAGUUGUCCUUUACAGCGACACACAAGAUGAGCACCAGCUGGCCAAUCUGUGUGGGUUCUCAACCCCCAGCCCAAUUCUGAGCCCUGGCAAUGAAAUGUUGAUACAUUUUGAAAGCGAUGGGGAGAACAACUUCAGAGGGUUUAAGGCCAGAUUCACCUUUGUUCCUUCAGAUGUCUGUGGCUUUCCCCCAUUUAGUCCACAGUGGCUGUCCAGACGUGUUGUCGGGGGAGAAGAAGCAUGUCCCCAUUGCUGGCCUUGGCAGGCAGGCUUGCAAUUUUUAGGUGACCAUCAGUGUGGCGGUGUCGUCAUCAGUCCAACAUGGGUACUCACAGCAGCCCACUGUAUACAAACAAACAGACCACUGCAUUGGACUGUCAUCGUGGGAGACCAUGAUAGAAUCCUGAAGGAGUCAACAGAACAGGUGAGAAGGGUGAAAACUAUUGUGGUGCACCCUGACUUUGAUACAGUGAGCUAUGACUCUGAUAUUGCACUGAUCCAACUGGAUGUCCCUCUGGAGUAUAACACUGUUGUGAGGCCAAUAUGUUUGCCCAACAGCACACAACCGUUCUCUUCCUCUGUUCUGUGCACCAUGACUGGCUGGGGGAGCACCCAAGAAGCAGAUGGGAGCCUUGCUAGUCGACUGCAGCAGACACAAGUACCCAUACUUGAGAGUGAAGUCUGUGAGAAAAAUUACUAUUUUAAUCACCCCGGAGGGAUCACAGCUAGGAUGCUUUGUGCUGGUUUUGCUUCCUCUGGAGGGCAGGAUUCCUGCCAGGGUGAUUCUGGUGGCCCAUUGGUUUGCUAUAAUGAAAAAGAGCCAUUUAUUCUUUAUGGCAUCAUCAGCUGGGGUGUUGGUUGUGCCAGGCCAAAGAAACCAGGAGUUUAUACAAGGGUGAGGGUCUUCCUGGAUUGGAUCAAAUCCACAAUUAGAGCCUUUGGCAUUGAGUACAUGGUCUUCAGAGUCCAAGGGCCAAAGAUUGGAAAGAUAGUGAAACGUCCCAAGGAUGUGAACCAAGAAUUGUCACGCUGCAGGGAUGUCAUUCUCACCGACCCGGAAGGAUUGAUCCAGUCACCAGGCUAUCCCCAUGGCUAUCCUAAUGCCACCAGCUGCCACUGGCGAAUUGUAGCCCCGUUAAAAUCCAUUAUUCGGCUUGAUUUCCUGGCCUUCUGGACUGAAAAGACUCUGUCUGGUUGCCAUGGACAACUGAUGGUGUAUGAAGGAUUUGAGCCAAGCAAGGAGUUAAUAGGUAACUUCUGUGGUGAAAUUUCACCUUCUCCUUUAAAGUCUGAUGGUCCAGUGGUGACGCUGACCUUCACGUCCAGUGCUGAAGUGGCUACAAAAGGGUUUGUUCUGACCUACUCUUUCCAUGAUCUACAACCUGGUUCUGCAUUAGGAAAAUUGAAAGCUGCUGAAAAAGGGUGUCCAGUCUUGGAUCUAAUUCCAGUUGGAUCUGCUGAGAUAACAUCUCCUAAUUACCCCAACACUUAUCCCAACAUGCUGAACUGCACCUGGACAGUUUAUUCCACUUCAGGAAAUAGGUUGAAAGCUGUGAUCAGAGACUUGGUAACAGAGAAUGCAAGAGACUGCAUUUGGGACUCUUUGAACAUUUAUGAUGGCCCAAAUCACUCUUCAGGGCUGCUCGCUAGUUUAUGUGGCCAAAAAAAGUCUCUCAGCCUGUUAUCAAGCAGCAGCUACCUGACUCUACAUUUCAAGACGGACAGGUCUGUGGGGAACAGAGGCUUUAAAAUUCUGUUUGAAGAGAUGAAUCAGUGGCCAGCACAGAAGAGUAGGAGUGGCAUAGAACUUGAAAGCAAAUUGGACAAGUCUGAGAUGAAUGUGAAAGCAGUCAGUGAAGAGCCAGGCAAGCCAAGGGUGGUUGGUGGCAGCCCAGCACUUCAAAUGUCCUGGCCCUGGCUGGUCAGUCUACAAUACGAGAAUGAGCACUUCUGCGGAGGCUCUCUGAUUGCUGAGAAGUGGGUCCUAACAGCUGGACACUGUAACUUCAGUGCUCAGACAGACAGGAUAGUUCUGGGGAAAACGUAUUUGUUGCCAAACAUAAAAGGCAACAACCCUGUCCUUGUGAAAGCUGUGCACACGCACUAUAACUUCAGUGGAUUUCCUUCCAGCAAUGAUCUCUCUCUCUUGGAACUGGAGAAACCCAUCAAACUCGGAGACUCUAUAGCAAUAAUUUGCUUACCAGAUAGAGAUGAGGAAAUAAGCAUUGAUGCAAGAUGCUUAACAGCAGGAUGGGGAACAACAGAACCGGGCAAGGAUGAAUACUCCAUCAGGCUGCAGCAGACAAAUAUACCUCUCCUCUCCAACGAGGCCUGUGUGAGCUACUGGGGACAGGAUAUUAAAAAUACCAACAUUUGUGGUGGAGCUGCUGGAGCAACUGCUUGCUCGGGAGAUUCUGGAGGGCCACUGAUAUGCAUAAUAAAUGGUGGUUAUAAGCUGAUCGGCGUUGUGAGCUGGGGCAGUGAUAAUUGCCAUCCAAAGUCACCAACGGUUUAUACCAGAAUUUCUGCCUACAGGGACUGGAUUUCCUCAGUCACUAAUGGAAAAGUGUGA